ACUUGCGCCAUCUUAUACGCGCAAUCUAUUUCACUAUGUUCAUGACAAUGCCUAAGAUUUUCAAAUUUGAACGUUAAAACUGAACGAAUCGAUCGACUGUCACAGGAUUUGUUUCGAAUGAUGUGGUUUGCAGUUUUUAUUUAUUUCUUACAUUAUCAAUCGAAAAUAACAUAAAAUUCUAUUUUAUUUAUAGAUUAAGAUAUAAGAGGAUAUAAAAGAUUUUAGAAUUAAUUUGUAACAAUAAUUUAAAAUUUCAUAAUGUCAACCCCGACAAAAUUUCAUAAUACUGAGUUGGAUAUAACAUUAUUGAACACUCCUAUGCCAAAGGCUUCAUCAACAGUACAAAGAAAGUCUACACUUGAAGACAAGUAUCUUGGUAGGAAUUUUAGAAAUGAGAACUUUGUACCGUCUUCUUUAUGUGGCAAUAAUAUGUUAUUAAAGUCAGAUGAUUCUUCAUUAGGUAUUCUUAAUAAUAUAUCAACUUUAUUAGGAGAAACAAGUGUAAUAAAUGAUAAACAAAAAAAAAAAUCUGAUGAAUUGGAUGCUGAGCAAGAACUUGCUAGGAAGUUGCUUAGAAAAUGUAGCAAUUUUGAAGGUUUAACAUCUUCUGGUGAUAAUAAAAAGGAUGAUGUCAAUAUUGAAACCUUAACAAAUUAUUAUAAUCCCUCAGAUCAUGUUGAUGGUAAUUCUUUUACAUACAAUAAUGAUAAUAAGUUGAAACAACAGAACAGUACACAAACAUUACAUGUUGAAGGCAGAUCAAACAGCGUUGUAUUUGAACCUAAAGAAAUAACAGCUCGUUCUUCAGAAAUGAGUAAAAGUGCCGAGAAAUGUGUAUCUUCAUUCUCUUCAAAGAGUGCAGGAGGAAUUAGUUUUGAUGCAACAACUGCUGAGCUGAUGGCACAAUUUAACAAUGAAGAAUUUCAGUCUAUUUCUCAAAUGACCAGUCAUUUGUUAGCUGAUGAAUCUUCCUGGAAACAGAACUGUUCUUAUGAUCUUCCUUUGGCAACUAGUUCAGAAAAAGAAUAUUUAGAUUUGUCAUGUUUUUCUGGUAUUAUUGGAGAAUUGGAUUUAUCAGUAGAAUCUAACGCUGGACGUAAAGUAUCUAUUGGUGAAUUUUUCAAAAGGAAAUGUGGAAAUAUUGGAGACUUGUCAAAUGAUAUUGUGGAAAGACCAACUUUAGGAUUAUCUAUUAACAGCCCUAAAAAGAAAAACAGAUUAAUACCUUUAGUUGAUUCAACCAUUGCAGAUGGAUCCUUGACAUUCAGAGAAAAAGAACAGACCCAUCUUACAAAUUCAACAAAAGAUAUAGAAGAGCACAGUAUUAUGAGUUUAAGUAGUAUUGCUCAAGCUUUACAAGAUAUUGAUAAUUGUACUCCACGAAGAUUAGUAGAUCAACUUAUAAUGGCAAAAAAGAAAAGGAAAGAGUUUCAAGUAGAAAAAAAUGAUGACAAAGGCAAUACAUACACGCUUUUACCUUCAAGCAGAUGUUCUAUGCCUGCAACUCCAAGUGCUCUUAACAUUAAAGAUAAUAAAUCAUCUAAAUUUUCGUUAGAUAGUAAAACCAUUAAUAAAACAAUAGAAAAUAAACAAACUUUGCCAAGAAUGUUAUCAUUUACAUCUGAUUUUGAUUUACAUACUAAGGAUACUUUGGAAAAAAUUCCUCAAAGAAAGUCAUUAAAGAAAGAAAAAACUGAAAAGAGUUCAAUAAGUUUCCAACAGCAGGAUACUGAUGAAAUAAAAUUACCAGAUAUACAGUCAAUUUUUAAAGAUAAUAAAUUACCUCUAUCCGAAAUGAAGUCUGAUAAAUCAGGAAUGGAAAGGGAAAAAUCUUUCAAACAAGAAAACAUCUCAUAUACAUCGAAAAUGGACCAUAGUGUUGCUCAAAAAUCAACAACUGUUGAAGAGUUAUGUUUGGAAACAACGUCUCAGUCACAUGAUAUCAUUAUUAGCAGAAAUGGUCAAGAGAUUUGUAGUUGCAUUGUUGGUAUAUCAAGAGAAGCAGAUAUUGCAUUAACAAAUACGGGUGAUAGAUGGAUAAUCUGCUCAUUAGGUACAUACCAAUUACAAGGAAAUAACCAAAAUAUAAUACUUCAUUUGCCUAAAGAUACAAUUCUUAUAAAACCAAAUUCAACUCGAUCUGUCAAGAUUGGUGUAAAAAUAACAAAGAAAACUAAUCCUGCAAUAGUAAUAUUAAAUAUAAUAACGACUGAUAUGGUAACAAGAAAAGAAUCAAUAAUUAAACACAUGAUCUAUAUUGAAUCAGAAGAACUUCAAGUUAAUGUAUUAACACCUUUUAAAAAACCAGAACUUAAUUUUGGUAGCAUUAUUGAAAAUACUAUGGAAACUUUAUCUAUUACAUUACAAAAUAAAAAUAAUGUGAUUCUCCCUAUAAUACUAUCUGUUGUACAUGAUGGUCCAAAAUUUUUUAGCAUAAAUAAUUUACAAGAUGGUUUUACACAUGAACUUAAGCCGCGAGAACAAUUUACCGCUGUAGUGCAAUGUGAAGGGACCUCAUCAUUAUUAGCUUCAGCAGAAUUAUUAAAAAAUCAAUUAAUCAGCAUAGAAGCUAAACUAUUAAUACAAGUAGAUAACAAGAAAGAUGAUGCUGUAAUGAUAAAAGAAAUACCAUUGUAUGUAAAAAUAGGCUCAAGUAAAAUACAAGUUGUUGAUACAGAAUUACCUAUACAGAUUCCCAGGAAACAAACCAAAUCUCUAACUAUCAUUAAUACAGGAGAAUUGCCUCUUCUAAUAGCAGCAUUCAUAGUGCAAGAUGAGAAGUCUUCAAAUCGUAUUGAAGAUUUUUCUGUUAAACCUGAAACUUUAACGUUACAGCGUAAUGCAACAGAUAGAUUUUUAAUAACAUUUAAACCAUAUUACUGUGAUACUCAUGAUAAAUAUGUUAAAAUUAAACUAUCUAUUGGUAAUAAUACUUAUUACUACUCUGUAAUUGGACAACAAAAUGUGGAAUCAGAAAAUGAAAGUUAUUUACGAUGCGAAACACCGCAACAAACUUCUGAUGCUAUUUCUCCGAGUUCACCGCAUAGCGUGUUAUCCAGCAGAUCUGGAAGAAAUUCUCCAAUCAGUUCAAUAUCUGGCUCCACUGUUGCUGGGGAUAAAAUUCCUAUUAAAUCAACACAUGCUGCUUUAGUAUGGGGUUCUGUAAAGCCAAGUAAAAGUGAUACUAAAGAAUUCACCAUUCGUAAUAUAAGUGAUAACAGAAUAAAACUUCAAGUUCAGAUAUGCGGUAAAAAUAAUAGUUUUCUAUUUCUUAAAGAUCAUCAAACAACAAGUCCAAAUAUUGUGUUAGUGUUGCAUCGUAUGGAAAGUAGAACACUUUCUGUUGUAUUCUGUCCACAUCAUGUUGGUGCAGCUAUUGGAAAAAUUGUUUUUAAACAUUAUGAAAUUAAAAAAGAAGAAAACGAAUCACGUUCCUCAAAAGCAAUAUUGUUGUAUGGUUAUGGUGGUUUUGGCAGAGUCAUUAUUUCUGAAAUAUUUAAGGAUAUUAAUGGUAAAAUGUGGUUGCCUCUUGGUAAAUUAAAUUCUGGAGAAAUUUUAAAAGCUAAAAUCAAGUUAGAAAAUAUUGGUGAUCUUUAUUCAUACGCUAAAGUCAAGUUAAUACCAAAAGCUAUUUAUCCUUCCAUGGUUUCUAGUUGGCAAGUAAAUCCAACAGAACUAUUAUUAGAACCAAAAGAAACUCAGUGGAUUACAUUAGAGUUUCAACCAAGAAAAGAAGAUUUAAUAUUAUUGCGACAACGUUCUGAUGUAUGUCACGUAGGGACUAUAAAUAUUAUUUAUGGUGAUGAGCCGACACGUUGGCGAAUACGUCGAUUAUAUAAUAAAAUAAAGAAUGCAGGUGAUUUAAAUGGAGGUGAAAGUGAACCAUUUAGAAAUAUAGUUUAUCCACUCUGCAAAGUUUUUCCUGGAGAACAAUUAAUGCCAGAUUUAAAUUUAAUUAAUGAUACAAUACAAAAUCUUAGUGAUUUAUGUCAUGGAGUGAGCCAACAUGAAAUAAUAUUAACUGUGGAGACCAAUGCAGAUGAGACAUUAUCUAUGAUUCAUGAUAGUGCAGAUGAAUCACAGAUGUUUUAUUCUCUUUAUAGUGACAACAGUCAUGUGGAUGUGGAAUCAAGUGGAAAAAGUUUUUUACCUUCAGAGACAAUAACAGGAGGCUGCGUAAAUAAUGUACGUCAUGAACAGUACGAUGAUUAUUUUACCGUAUCUCCGAAUGUUGUGAACUUAAUUCCUUCAAUAAAAAAUGAAGCAAUUGUGACUAUUUUAAGUUCAAGUAGAGUAGCACAACCAUAUGAAACUGUUUUGUCGAACACAGAUGUACUUAGUAUAGUACCAACUGAGGGUAUGAUACCAGCUGGUAAAGGAUUUCCUUUAAAAAUCAAAUGCAAACAGAAAGUUCAACGUAAUUUAGAAGCUACACUUAAAAUAUACACUGAAAAUCACAGACAAGAUGUAAAGAUAAAAAUAGCUGUCGUACGGCAAUAAUUUGUGUCUUAUAGUAAUAACUUAACAUUUAAU